AUGAACAGCAGCGAACAAGAUAUAAACAGCAGUGAACAAGAUAUGAACAGCAGUGAACAAGAUAUGAACAGCAGUGAACAAGAUAUAAACAGUGAACAAGAUAUAAACAGCAGUGAACAAGAUAUGAACAGCAGUGAACAAGAUAUAAGAAACAGUGAACAAGAUAUGAACAGCAGUGAACAAGAUAUGAACAGCAGUGAACAAGAUAUAAACAACAGUGAACAAGAUAUAAACAGCAGUGAACAAGAUAUAAACAGCAGUGAACAAGAUAUAAACAACGUGAACAAUAUAGACAGCAGUGAACAAGAUAUGAACAGCAGUGAACAAGAUAUAAACAGCAGUGAACAAGAUAUGAACAGCAGUGAACAAGAUAUGAACAGCAGUGAACAAGAUAUAAACAGCAGUGAACAAGAUAUAAACAGCAGUGAACAAGAUAUAAACAGCAGUGAACAAGAUAUAAACAGCAGUGAACAAGAUAUGAACAGCAGUGACUAA